GUGCCACCCGCUCUGCCCCAGAUCACGUUUGCCACCCACAGCCAACCACUCUUGUCCAAGUCCGUGGGCAAGAGGCGAUUGGGGGUAAGCGAGCUCGGCACCCCAGGCCCCGUCCGGUCCUCGCCGGCCCGAGGCGGAAUAUCCUGCACUCCAGGCCACUUCCCCAUCGUGGAAUCGGAGCAGCGGCCUCGCAGGAAGGCAGAAGCGAAAUGUAGCGAGCCGGGUGUCGCGGUUGGACGCUCGCCUUGGCUGGGAGUGUAGCGGGGCACACGCUGGGGCUCGAGGAGGACGGCUGAGGGGGAGGAGUGAUGAAAAGAGGGGGUACCCUGCACACCCCGAUACCACGGGCCCCUGCUGCCACUCUCCAGGCACCCUUCAUCCCCAUCGAGGCGCAGGUGUUCCACACAAAUUCUUGUGACUUUAAGGACCAGGCAACUGAGAAAGUACAAGAUCUUCUCAAGAAGGGAGACCUCUGGGAGAGAGGAGAAAGACAGCAGACAUUGUCCUGGGACCAGCUGAGCCCAAGGUGCUGCUGGAAGCUGAAGGCACUCAGCAGGAGUGAGAAGAAGCCCCAGCCCCAGAUUGAGGCUGUGUUCUGAACAAUCGGAACUCAUUUCAGCGUUCACAAGAGAGGGUUGCAGUAUCAGGCACUCCAGACUCAGGUUGAGCCCUUCUCUUCUGCAUGCCCCUGCUCUGAGGAGCUGGCCAUUGAGAACCAAAGAUUUACCCCCCUACAUAGUGCAGAGCUGGGGGUAGGCAUCCGCACCCCUAGUGGCAGCUGCUGCGUCUGGAGUGAAGAGUUUGUUUCCUUCCAGCCCCGGGCUGCAUUGCUUGAUGGGGCUGCCUUUUGGUAGAUCAGUUUUUACAGUGCCAGGCAGGAGUGGAGAGCCGUGGGAAGAGGUCCUGCGGCACUCAAGCCUGGGUUCAACCCAAGACUAAACUCUUUCCCAAGUUAGAGUCGGAGCGAGAAAGAAAAAUAAAUAAUUCUCCCCUCCUCUCCUCCCUGCCUGUCAUGUCCUCUAAGCCAGAGCCAAAGGACAUCCACCAGCCGAAUGGUACUGGCCCUACUCCCUCACCCUGCUCUUCGGAUGGCCCUGGGCGAGAGCCCUUGGCUGGGACCUCAGAGUUCCUGGGGCCUGAUGAGGCUGGGGUGGAGGUGGUGGUGAUUGAGUCUCGAGCUAACGCCAAGGGAGUUCGAGAGGAGGACGCGCUGCUGGAGAAUGGGAGCCAGAGCAACGAAAGUGACGACGUCAGCACCGACCGGGGGCCUGCGCCACCCUCGCCGCUCAAGGAGACCUCCUUCUCCAUUGGCCUGCAAGUGCUGUUCCCCUUCCUCCUGGCGGGGUUUGGGACUGUGGCAGCUGGCAUGGUGCUGGACAUUGUGCAGCACUGGGAGGUCUUCCAGAAGGUGACAGAGGUCUUCAUCCUGGUGCCUGCACUGCUGGGGCUCAAAGGGAACUUGGAGAUGACCCUGGCAUCAAGGCUGUCCACUGCAGCCAAUAUUGGACAAAUGGACACACCUAAGGAACUCUGGCGGAUGAUCACGGGGAAUAUGGCCCUCAUCCAGGUGCAGGCCACGGUGGUGGGCUUUCUGGCAUCCAUCGCUGCCGUCGUCUUUGGCUGGAUCCCUGAUGGCCACUUUAGUAUCCCGCAUGCCUUCCUGUUGUGCGCCAGCAGCGUGGCCACAGCCUUCAUUGCCUCCUUGGUGCUGGGUAUGAUCAUGAUUGGAGUUAUCAUUGGGUCUCGAAAAAUCGGGAUCAACCCAGACAACGUGGCCACGCCCAUCGCUGCUAGCCUGGGCGACCUCAUCACCUUGGCACUCCUCUCUGGCAUCAGCUGGGGACUCUACCUGGAACUGAAGCACUGGCGAUACAUCUACCCCCUGGUGUGUGCCUUCUUCGUGGCCCUGCUGCCUAUCUGGGUCAUGCUAGCCCGAAGGAGCCCAGCCACACGGGAGGUGUUGUAUUCAGGCUGGGAGCCCGUCAUCAUUGCCAUGGCCAUCAGCAGUGUGGGCGGCCUCAUCUUGGACAAGACUGUCUCGGACCCCAACUUUGCAGGAAUGGCUGUCUUCACACCUGUGAUUAAUGGUGUCGGGGGCAACCUGGUGGCUGUGCAGGCCAGCCGCAUCUCCACUUUCCUCCACAUGAACGGCAUGCCUGGGGAGAACUCUGAGCCAACUCCUCGCCGCUGCCCCAGUCCGUGCACCACCUUCUUCAGCCCUGACGUGAAUUCCCGCUCAGCCCGGGUCCUCUUCCUCCUCGUGGUCCCAGGGCACCUGGUGUUCCUCUACACCAUCAGCUGUAUGCAGGGUGGGCACACCACCCUCACGCUCAUCUUCAUCAUCUUCUACAUGACAGCUGCACUGCUCCAGGUGCUGAUUCUCCUGUACAUCGCAGACUGGAUGGUGCACUGGAUGUGGGGUCGGGGCCUGGACCCGGACAACUUCUCCAUCCCAUACUUGACAGCUUUGGGGGACCUGCUUGGCACUGGGCUCCUAGCACUCAGCUUCCAUGUCCUCUGGCUCAUUGGGGACAGAGACACUGAUGUUGGGGACUAGCUUAGCCGUUCAGCCCAUUCUCUACCCCUCUGCACUUUCUAUUCUAUUUGGAUCUUUUCCCUUUCAUCUCCCCACCCCACCCUACACUACACUCCCACAUCUUUCUGGGAUUUCAUUUUGAUACCAAAUUCUCAUUAUUUUCAAUGGGAAUUUUUAUACAUUGAGCCAAGUUUGGAUAGCAAGAAUUCAGGAAGGACAGGUGGACUGAAAUAAGCAGGAAAAGUAGACUUUUGAGACAAUCACCAAGUGCAAUUCCAUGGUGGGUGCCUCCUGGUGAGGUAGAUUGGGACCUUGGCAUUCUGUCUGGCAUCUGGGGACCUUUGGAUUAGCUUUAGCGACCUCAGCCCUGGCCCUAAUGAGAAACUCUUUGUAAGUGGGCUCUGGGUUGUUUUCAGUUUGUUUGAACAGAGGGAUGAGGGCUAAUUAACACUCCCACACAUAUAUGUACUUCUGUAGAAAUGGACCAACUUCAAAGCCCUGGGCAGGAGAAAGCGGCUUCAGCUCCUAGUAAUCACAGCCCUGUUGUUCUGGGCCAGCCUGCACACAGUCAGGUGAUCCGACUGUUCCAUCUGUGUACGUGUGCCUUGCCCAACUGCCCGAUUGCUGUCCAGCCGAACGAGCGGUGGCCUGGGCUCUCCAUGGAUCACUGUCAUCCACAGGUCUCCAGAGGCCCCCCCCCUGAGUCUAGAGAUCCUCGUGUCUGUUCAGGCCACUUCUCUGAUUGUCCCCAAGCACUCCCUUUCCCCACAGCUUACCGGAUGAUAGGCUUCCAAGACUGGGGACAGGACAAGGAAACGUGGCAAAUGAGACCAGUGUGAGUUGCGGGUGUCUCACUGCUGUUUAACCACAUGGUUUGUCUUGGCCUCUGUCGCUUCCUGAACAGAGGUCAGUCGGCCUUUCUCUGGGCUCCUGUCCACUGACAUUCCUUACCCAUUCACUCAUUCAGCAAAUCUCAGCCUCCCUCCACGAGCCUCUCCACCGCGCAACAGCCAUGGGGUGCCUACCGCGUUAGGUCCAGUGCCAGGCAUUGACUAGCCAGUGCUGAGGGGAUCACAGCCCUAACCUCACCUCAUUCCCUAGGUUACAGAGGCCAUGUGCCCCUUUCGGUCUGGCAGUAAACGUUCCCUCGCUGUGGGUAUCUGUGCCUACUUCAAGGCAAGGUCUCCCUCAUUCCCUCUUCAGACCCGGACUCCGCAGUGAUUACCGGCCCCAUUGCUCUGGCAGUUUCGUGUCCUAAAAUACACCACCAUCCCCCAUACAUCUCACCACACACUCAGAGGAAAGUUUAGAACAAGCAAGCUGGCUAUUAGUUGGCUGCUUUGGUAUUUGCCUGUACAUGAUCAGAAGGAAACUGGAGUCUCUUCCCCAAACAGCUCAGCAACUGGGCUGCUCCCUAGCCUGUUUGUAGGAGCCCAUAGACUCUUCCCCUGUGUAGCCUAAGGAUCACCGUGCAAGAAAAGGGUUACGCUGUACCUGAACCUACGGAAACUUCACACCCUUGUUCCUCCCACAUUACCUGAAAUCAUAGAACCUUAGAAUUGGAAGGAGUCGUAGAGAUUCUUCUAGUUGAAGUUCUGUCGAGCAGAAUAAUACCAAUCUGGGCUUGUUUCUGCUUUUCCCUCUGGCCUAACUCCACCCCCAAACACAGGCUUGUAUAGGCAUCAAAGCCCGAGACUGUGACCCCAGGCUCCCCAGCCGCUUACCCUAUCCUGAUUUCUGGUGUUGCAUCAGGUUGUCUAGAGACUGGAUCAUCCCUCUUUGCCCAGAAAACAGAAAGGUAGGCACACCCACCCAGCAGUUGUGCGCAGAGGAGGACUGGCGUGAGGGAAGUUGACUUCAGUAGAAGAUUCAUCUCUUCCCUCUCCCCCCCCCCCCCCGGUUUCACCUAUUGCAUGUACUUUUGGCCUGACUGGAAGAAACAAAAUUAGUUUACUUUCAUAUCCUUCAAAAAUUACAGAACUGUGUCUUAAGAGAAUUAUUUAUAGUUGCUAUAACUGAAUUGACAAAUGUCGACUUAACUGAUAAAUUAUAUUUGGUAAAAUAAAGUGGAAGUUUA